UUUUCACAAAUAAAACUAUAAAAAAAAUCCUUCUCCUACCUCUGAAACUGCAUUCAAAAUCAAUUCAAAUACCGAUAGGUGUGCCUGCUCCUGCAGCACCACCAGAAGCCACAACUUUUUUUUUUUUCUCUCACUUCUCUCAACAUCGCCUCUUCAAUAAAUGCACGCCUUCUGAAGUCUGAAAACUGGUUUUUCAUUUUCAAAACCAGCCCAGAUCAGGAAAAGUCGUAAAGUUAUUAUCUUUGUCUACUUCAGAAGUACCCAAACAACAACAGUGCUUGUGGUUUUGCAAUCUGUUUCUGGGAACCCAUUUUUCCUUUUUCUCUCUCAUGCCGUAGUGGUUGCUUGUUCUUUUGAGGAUUUUGGGUGGUUUGUUUGUGCAUAGUGCUAAUGUCUGUCUCAAAGUACAAAAUACUGUCUCUUUGUCUGGUUUCAUGGCUGUGGUGCGGUUAUGUGGCUGUGGCUUCAAGUGAGAGCAGUAUCGGUUCCAAAGACCUUGAUCAGACACCAACGUGGGCCGUUGCUUGUGUCUGCACUGUUUUCAUCUUGAUAUCAUUAACUCUGGAGAAAAGCCUUCACAAAGUGGGAACGUGGCUACAUGAAAAGCACAAGAAGGCUUUGCUUGAGGCUUUGGAAAAGGUCAAAGCUGAGUUGAUGAUUCUUGGUUUCCUUUCACUGCUUCUUACUUUCGGGCAGAGUUACAUUGUUAGAAUAUGCAUUCCUACUGAUAUUGCAGACAAAUUGUUGCCAUGUCCGCUUGCUGGUACCGAAGAAGAAUCAAGUAGUGAAGAGGAACACCAUAGGAGGCUUCUUUCUUAUGAUCGCAGAUAUUUGUCAGAUCAUGCUGCCCCUUACCAAUGCAAGAAGGAGGGACAACAACCACUUAUAUCUGUCAAUGGAUUGCACCAGUUACACAUCCUCAUAUUCUUCUUAGCAGUCCUUCAUGUGUUUUACAGUGCUGUAACAAUGCUUCUUGGGAGACUAAAGAUUCGAGGUUGGAAGGCAUGGGAGGAGGAGACUUCAUCUCAUGGAUAUGAGUUUGCCAAUGAUCCCUCAAGAUUCCGCCUUACACAUGAAACAUCAUUUGUGAGAGCUCAUGCUUCUUUUUGGACAAGAUAUUCAAUCUUCUUCUAUAUAGGAUGCUUUUUUAGGCAAUUUUAUCGGUCUGUGGGCAAGGCUGACUACUUGGCUUUGCGCAAUGGAUUUAUCACUGUACACCUGGCUCCUGGAAGUAAAUUUAAUUUCCAAAAGUAUAUCAAAAGAUCCUUGGAGGAUGACUUCAAGGUUGUUGUUGGUGUCAGUCCCAUCCUCUGGGCUUCAUUUGUUGUAUUCCUGCUACUAAAUGUUAAUGGAUGGCAUGCUAUGUUCUGGGCAUCCUUAAUUCCUGUUGUGAUAAUUUUGGCUGUGGGAACAAAACUGCAAGUCACACUGGCAAAGAUGGCUAUUGAAAUAACAGAGAGACAUGCAGUUGUCCAAGGGAUUCCUCUUGUUCAAGGCUCAGACAGAUAUUUUUGGUUUGGUCGGCCUCAGUUAGUUCUUCAUCUUAUCCAUUUUGCUUUGUUUCAGAAUGCUUUCCAAAUAACAUAUUUCUUGUGGAUAUGGUAUUCUUUUGGGCUGAAAAAUUGUUUCCACGCUGACUACAAGCUUGCAAUAGUGAAAGUAGCAUUAGGGCUUGCAGCACUAUGCCUCUGCAGCUAUAUCACCCUUCCAUUAUAUGCUCUUGUUACUCAGAUGGGCUCAAGAAUGAAAAAAUCAAUAUUUGAUGAACAAACAUCAAAGGCAUUGAAGAAAUGGCACAUGGCAGUGAAAAAGAAGCAGGGAGUGAAACUUGGAAACUCCAAGGUGCGAGCCAUGGAUGGAAGCACCACUGAUUCAACAGUACACUCUUCUGGCCCCAAACUUCACCGUUACAAAACCACUGGUCACUCAACUCGAACCAUGUCAGCCUAUGAUGAUGACCAUUCUGACAUUGAGCUGUCUCCAGUUUCACCAACAGCAAACUUGAUUGUAAGAGUGGACCAUGAUGAGCAUGAAGCAGAAGAAGCUGAGCAUCACCCAACAUCCAACAAUCAAGAGCUGUCACGUUUGUCAACCUUGGAAAGAAGCAUGAAAUAGCUUCCCAAGUUACCACAUUCAACCAUUUUUGUUCUUUCACAAAAUCUAUGUUGUCCUUGUUUAGAUCUUUCUAGACAUUCUUAUACUUAAUAUAGUCAGUUCUGUACAUUCUUGCUCUAAAACACUUGCCGGCAUUUGAAACUUUAUCCUUCUUCAAAAACCAUGCUUGAGCUUUAUGAGUGUGCUUGAGCAAGGGUUUAUAAGUAGAGAUCAAAGGCUUAAAAAGAAGUUAGUAUAUUGAAGGGUAUGCAUACAUCCCAUUAA